AGAAUAAAACGUUUAAUCUUUUAUCUUCCAAAUGAGAUCUUGUUAAUCAAAAUCGAUUAAGAGAAUUAUAAAACGUGAUGAGUAGUUUUAACUAAUCACCAGAUAACGGUUCCAACUAACAAUUGAAUGGCCGUUGUUUCAUAGAAAUAAAUCUUGAUAAUUGACUAUUCUAAGAAAAGUUUACUAGCUGUAACAUUCGAAUCAACAGCUCUUAGAGAACAACUUGAUCGCUGAUCGAUGUUUUGGACUUGCAAUUAGUAAAGGAUUAUAUAUACGUUUGAUCGAAAAAGUGAUAAAAAUAGUGUCAGUUUUUGAUAAAAAUAAAUACAUAUUAAGUUAGAAAGAGAGAGAGAGAGAGAGAGAGAGAUCGAAUAUGACGAUGCAUGUGUAUCUAGAUUUGAAUAGAGAAAAAUAAUAGUCAAAUUAUUGGAAAUAUAAAUAUUUUUAAUACUCUAAGUAUUACAAAUGAUAAUUAAUCAGAUUCAGUGUUUUGUUCGAAUUUGAAUAAGAACGAAACUCUGUUCUAUUCUGUUUUGGAUAUGGUCAAUCAAAUGGAUAACACUAAAACUUCAAGAUACGGUUUAAUAUCUUGGAAAUUAAAUAAGAAACCUUUGAAUUUCUUAUGGAAACGACAUUAUCGUGAAAAUGUUAUAAAAUCAGACGAAAACAAGUGGAAGGGUGAAGAUCCUAAUACUAUCAACGUUGUAUCAUGCAAACCACAAAAUAAUACUACCAAUAAAAUACAACAUGGUUUUUUUGGAAAUAUUAAAAAACAUUUUGCUAUACGCAAAGCUAAACAAAAAGCAAGCAAAUCUAUAACAUCCGAUUAUCUUUACGAAACCCAACAAAUAAUUUCUAAAUUUGACAAUGAUGUACCGACAAAAUCUUCCUUUGAUAUUGACACACCACUGGUUGAACGAUGUCUUCCUUCUGCAAAUACAGAUAAUUCAUUGGCCAUUGUUAUACAAAAUACUACCGAUGAGAACAAAGUUAAUUGCAAUACUCAAUUUUCUUCACCUUUAAAUUGUGAGACAGAUAUUCAUUCGGAAGGAGAAACAAAAGAUUUGGAAGUACUUAAUAAAGAAUGCGAUACGAAAGAUAAAAUGCAUAUCAACCCAUUGCUAGAGUCUCCAGCACUGCAUACUACAGAUGAAAGACAAAUAGUACAAUGUACAAGUAAUACAGAUGCAGAAAGUGAUAUGGCAAUAAAUGAUGAAAGUAAGCUGAAAGCUUGUCUCUCUGAAGAAUUAUUGAAAUUAAGCAAAUAUGGUUGGUAUUGGGGUCCCAUAUCUGGAAACCAGGCUGAUCUUAAACUUAUGUCAGAACCAGAUGGUGCAUUUUUAGUCAGAGAUUCAUCUGAUGACAGGUAUUUAUUAACGUUAAGUUUUAAGUCAUCAGGAAAAUUACUUCAUGCACGAAUGGAACACAGUAGAGGUCUUUUUUCAUUAUGCAAUCGUGGAGAAAGUAAAUCCUUUACAUCCAUAGCUGCAUUAAUUGAUUAUUCUAUGAACUUCAGUGAAUCUGCAGUAAUUUGUUAUUCGAGACCCAAGUAUCCUGGUUGUCCUUCAUUUCCGGUAAGGCUAACAAAGCCAGUAAGUAGGUUCACUCAAGUCAAGAGUUUACAAUAUCUUUGUCGUUUUGUUAUACGACAAAAUACAAGAUUGGACAAUAUUCACAAAUUGCCAUUGCCAAAAAGUAUGAGAGGAUAUAUAGAAGAGGCACAUUAUUGAGACGAAAAACGAUGCAAUUAAUUUAAUAUGUGGUAAAAACUUUAAUUAUAUGACAGCUAAAAUGUCAAUGUGAUAAUUUUAGAGUAUUGCUAAUAAAAAAGAUAUUAAUCUAUAUUUAGAGAUAAAUUUUUUAUGUGCUUUUGCACAUUUAUGUAAAAAAAAUAUUGGCAAUGUAAGGGAAACGUGAAAGCACAACCGAAAUAUAUGCAUUUGUUAAAUAAAUAGAUAUACAUAUACAUAGGGUUUGAUAGAAAGAUAUAUUUUAUGAUAUCUAUAUGAUAUAAGUACAAAAAGUGUAUUCUAUGAAUUUCUUUACAUAUUAGCAAUACAGUUAUUUGUACGCAAAAUAAACUAUUUCUUAGAUUAGAUAAAACGGAUAAAUCAUACAAAUUUGUAAUAUUUGCAGCUUGAUAAAUAGUUACUACAAUUUGCUUCUUAUACUUCUGGUGCAAUAUGAAUUAACUUGAACGGAUUAGUAAACGUCUAUGUACAAUUACUCACCAAAUUGAGCAUACACUCAGAUUAAUAAUAAAUAAGAUGAGAGAAUGAAUAAAAACUUACAGAUUUUUUAAUGUAAAAAUGCAAUAUAUAUUUAUUCGUAUAGUUUAUCCAACAUAAGCGUAAGCUCACUUUUGUGAAUGAUUAUAUAAAUGUAACACAGCAUGUCUGCUUUUAAAAAUAUUGCAUUGACACAUUAAUCUUGAUCGAUAAACUUAUAAAAAAUAUUUAGAAAAACAACAAAUUAUAGACACAUAGCUUGAUAAUGAAAUAUUUCCAUUAGAAUGAUGCAAAUUGUAGGCAAAAUUGUAACAUCGUCAAUUCCUCAUGAUUGUUACUCGUACUCUCUCUGUUAAUUUGUAUAGUCUCUAAAUAUCAUAUUAAAAACUAGCGAUCUGUUAAAAUAUCGCUUUUAUGUGAUAAACGAAUACAGAUAAUUUCGACUUUACAAAUUCUCAUCUUGGGGAAUAAUGUUUUAAUUGUUAAUAACAACUUGUCACGAAUAAAAGUAAUAUUUAUUAUAAAUUGCAUCUAAACAUGGGAAAUGUAAAAUAAAAAUAAAUCAAUUUGUAAAGUAAGUAAUUAUCUGUAAAUUAAAAAAAAAAAAAAACAUUCUUACGUUAUUCUUUCUACAUAUAACUCCAAUAAACUGUUUUGAAUAAUCAAUAUUUAAAUCCGUUAAUUAGAACAUAACACAUUCUCCGCAUUUUUAUUAUCUUCCAAACAUCCUCGAAUUAUGAUAACAAUGUGAAAUUAAUGAGCUAGCUAACUAUCUCUAAGCUAAUAAUUUUUUUUAUGCACGCGUGGGAAAAAGAAAGCAUAUAAAAUUUAUUAAGAAAACAUUAUAGGAGAUAAACGAGGUGUGAAAAAAAUAUAAGUAACAAGAUCGAAGCAUUGAAUUUUGGUGAUGCCGCUACGUAAAAUUACAGAAGGUGGAUUGGUCGAUGAAGGGGCGCAUAUGUCGCCGUUCGUUCGGCACAAGUUUAGUAGUAGCAGCAGCAACUGCAGCAGCAUCAGCGGCAGCUGUGGUGGCGACAGCAUCGGCGUUUGGAACAAGUGUGUCAGCCUUAUUGUUAGAUGCGGUGUGGCUUAGCGAUGUGAAGCAGUGUCGUCAUAUGUCGGUUGAUUAACGUCAAAGUUCGGCGUGGUUCGCGCAAGUAUGAGCACAUAGCCGAGAGAGCGCGUCGUACCAACAUGAAGCUAAGUAAGAAUAGAGCGCGAGUUUUAUUUGAUCUAACGUUAAAGAUAAAUAAAGGAAAAAUAAGUGUUAAAGCUCGGGAGAGUAAAAUUACAACUGAAAGUAAAGGAAACGAACGAGUCAGUGAUACUAGCCACUAAAGAAACGGAAAAGGAAAAGGUGGAAGAACGUUUAAUCGCGCCAACAAGUGAUACACGUAACAUUGUUACGUGUUCGUAAAAGAAGCGCAAGGUAGUAGUAACCUUCUAUUAAACAGAGAACGAAAAAUAAAGAUAAAGAGAGAAGGGAUAAGUGAGUAGAAGCGAGCAAGCGAGUGAGCGAGUGAAUGAGUGAGUGAGGGAAAAAGAAAGCAAGAGUGCAACGAGCCACUGUGUGAAUUUAAGGAGAAGAGUAGUCGGAAAGAAGAGAGGAGAGGAGAAAGAGUAGCGCCGCGGUGCGUCGAUGGGACGCGCCGUGCACGGCGUCGUGAGACGGGCGAGGUACGACAGGAACAACGCCGGCCAAGAAGAUAUUCCUCGAUCUCGGAAGAAGAGGAACGAAUACCGGUCAAGAGGACGGUCCAGAGCCAGAUUCCUACUCGACGUUCGUUUGCCGACUAAAGUUUGUCCCCUUUUCGGAUACGCCACCGAGGAGGGUAUCUGGAAGUUUGGAGGUGACGCGUGUCGACCAGGUGGUUACAGCGGCUACAGUAGUGGCGGUGGUUGUGGUGGAGGUGGCGAAGCUGGUGCUGGUGGUGGCAGUGCUGAUAGUAGAAGUAGUAGUAGUAGUGGUGGCCCCAACAAAGCUAUUAGUGUUAGUAGUAGUAGUAGUGACGGUGGCGACGGCGACGGUGGCGGUCGUGUCAAGGAUCGUGCCGGCAUACGACGCGUUUUUCAUCAUCCACGAACAACGCUGACGACAAUUAACACCAAUAGAAAAAGAAAAAAAAGAUCGACAGGAGGGAAGAGUGAUAAGAAAAGUAUUGGGGAAAGUUGAGGUAUAGGAGAAGCGAGCGUAACGCGACGACGACGGCAGAUGCGAACAUCGCCGGCGCGAUCGUCACCGUCGCCGUCGCCGUCGUCCUCGAAGUCCGAGAGAAAGAGAAGCUGAGAGAGAGAGAGAGAGAGAGAGA